GUCAACGAGUUUAUUUGUCAUAUUAAUGGAAAGUAAAAUGGUGUAAGUUGCUAUUGUUUAUUAAGUUUUUGUUUUUAGCAUACAAAACAGCCAAUUUUGGCGUUUUGAUUAUCUUCAUUUAAUCGGAUACUAGGAUGCAUUUCUAAUUUCAAGACAUAAACGUUCAGGUAAAAACAACAAAUUUAAAGGGCAAUCAUGUAACUAUGAAUCUGGCAAAGAAGUUUUCUUUUGCAUAAUGACCGGUACCUGUAGGAUCUGUUGAAAAAGGUAGUUCUCUCGUUUAGCGCUAUUCGAUAUGGAUAUCACAAAUAUAUAACAUACGUCGCAUGAAAAAUGACGUCAGUUGAACAACCGUUAACAACCCGCGAGGUGGCAUCAGGUGCUUCUAACACGGCGGAUGAAUACACUGACCGCAUAAAUAUCAACACAACAACAUCUGCAAAUGACAUACAUGAUGCUGACGCUUCAAAUGAUGAUACAGGAAGAGGAGAAAGCAGGCAGGAAAAUAGCAGACAAAACGACAGGGAUCCAAACAAGGGUGGUACACAAGUAAAUAGUGCACGGGAAAGAGAAUCUGCGAGCAAACAAACGAAUCGAGACGAAGCGACACCGGCAUCUCAACGAGCAGUACGUGCACCUCCUGAAGGACGUGAUAAAACUCCAUUGCCUGAGAUAACUACAAAUAGAGAGGAAGACAAAAAAUCACCGCUAGAUGGCCCUGAGGCCAGUGACGAAGAUGAUGGAGGAUGGGGAACUAAGAGGACUAAUCAGUCUCAAUCAAAACCUGUCAAGGCGCCCGGUAAAGCUCCUGCAUCCCGUCGGCCACAGAGAGCUAUACUUCAAGGAACAUCCCGCACCACAACCAAUGUGAAGGCAUUGCCACAACCCAUGUCUAAUAAUCUAGUCAUCCGGAACGGGAGAGUACCUGCAGCUUGGCAACAGACAACCCUUUUCAAGAAUGUGAGGCAGUCGAAAAUAUCACCAAGACCGGGCGGGGGAGCCCAGCGGUCUGGACGACUACCAGCGUUGUCAGGGAAAAAGCCGCCUGGUUCCCCGGCGAAACCACUUGUUCAGACGACAUUUAGAGUUGAAGAAAUGAUUACUAAACGACCCAAUGCAAAUACAAAGAAAACCAAGCCAAAGCUGGCUAAAAGUGAGACAAACUAUAUCCGGCUGGCAAAGAUAGUUGCUCGAGUGGGUUCUGACCUGUUACGUCUGGCCUUCUACAAUUACCUUGAGAGGCAACAGCCUCCCAAGAAGCUCCACCAGUUCCUAGCAGCUAACAGAAGAAGACUAAAGAGUUUUGCAGGAAACUACAAGCUUAUUACAAGAAGAUGGGAUAUCAUGUACCCAGACGAUGACGAAACGAAAGCUAACCUAGAGCAGUUAGACUCAGCUUUGAUCUUCUGGUUCCUUCGUUUUAUCUGUCAUCUCAAGCGCCCAAACGACUUUAUUUGGAAACGGAAACCACUCUCGGAUGAUCUCAGUGAAACAGCAGAUAUCGCGAGAAUACGAGAUUACAGGAACUUCCUCAUCAACCUGUCAUCACCUGCCCUAUAUGAUGAUGAGUACGAGAGGAAAAUGAAAGAGUUUAAAGAGCUGACGUUAAGAAUAUGUGGAGAAAGACAGGGUGAAGAGAUGCUUAAGAUCAUUGAUGACAUGAAAACGACAGUUGUUAGAUACUCUGAAAGGGAGCAGUACCUUGAUGUGCUGAAUCAGUGGGCUGACGAGACAGGGGAUCGACAAAUAGCUCCUGCUAAGCAGUCAGGGGAGACAAUCAAAGAGAGGAAAGAAAUGACGACUCGUUUCCUUAAAACACAUCGGAAUCCCAAAGUGUUUGUGAGGACGAAGAUUUUCCAAAAAGCUCAAGAGAAAUUAAUGAAGAAAGGAUUUGUUAUUCUAAAAGGGAAUAUAGGGGACGGUAAAACCACUACUGCGAUAGGAUUGAUGGUUGCAAACUUUGACGAGGAUGAAUGUUUGUUAAUUACGAACCCUGACCAAUGGCAGUAUAUAGAACCUCGGACUGUUAGCGCCCUCUUGCUGGAUGAUAUAUUCGGCAGUGGAUCUCUAGAUGAGAAGUUGCUCAGUAAAUGGGAGUCUAAAUUUGAACAGAUAUAUGGGAGUUGUAUGGACACUAACGAAAGCACAGGGGUUCGAGUCAUUAUCACAAUACGACAGAAUAUAUUGGAUCAGUGCUACUCGAAGUUGAAGCAAUACAAGCUGUUUGCCAAGGACAAUUUUGUGGACUGUGGUUCAGACGAGCUUCCUAUAACGGAGCGACGUCUCAUAUUAGGAAGACAUUUACUGGCAGAAGAUCAAAUGGUUGCCAAGUCAGAAGUAGAUAAGGCUGCAAAAGUACACAACUCGAAGCUUGGAUUCCCUCAGUGUUGCGCAUUGUUUGUGAAAAAAGAAUCAUUCUUGAUCAUAGGGUCUCAGUUCUUUGAGCGGCCUAUCGAGUUAUUGUUUGAGCAGCUGGACAGAAUGUAUGAUGGAGACAAAUAUGGGUACCUAGCAUUAGUGGUGUUGAUGUUCCAGAAAGACGGAAUAUUGUUUGUUAAGCAACUUGAAGAAUUCACAGAAGGAGCGUUCAAGACAAAGGUUUUGGACCUGGCCUUUUUGUGUAGGGUACCUGUAUCCGAUCACUUGAACAAGUUCACUCUCAAUGCCCUAGAGAAUCAAGUACGGCCGUAUGUCAAUUUCUAUAAAGAUAGAAAAUGUUACACGUUUUCGCACGAAAGCAUUACUGAAGCAGUCAUGGCGUCGUUCGGUGAAAGACAUCCACAGGAAGUGUUAGAAGCACAGUGA